AUGGCUCAGCACACAGUCGAUAAGAGAGAGCACAUGGAAGCCGGUGAAAAGCGCACAUUUAAUCAGAGUCAAGGUCCCCGUUCCGAGCAAGAUUCCGAGUCCAAUUCGGAGCACGCAACGCAUCGAAAAAAUAAGUCAAAAUCGGGGGGUUCGCCGCCCAUGAAACCGAGCCAGAUGAUGGACGAGCACCCAGAGCGCAAUCCCACCGAGCUAGGGGACCCGGAAGGUCUCCAUUCGUCAGCCAAGAUCGAACCCGCCCAGAAUCCUCGACCGCGUGACGGUAAAGUGAAGCAAAUGGAGAGCCAUAUCGUCGCUUUGGCGAGAGGCAUUACCGAGUUGGAUAAUGAUCGAAAACGACUGCAGGCGCAAGUUCGCUCUGCACGGAGCGGCUCUUGGGUCACCAAAAGCAGCCGGCAAAUACGCGAAGAGCUGUCGAGUCUGGAGGCAGCAAUGCGACAAUGGGCAGAAAAUUAUAGUGUCGGUGAGAUACGUGCGCUCGAUAGCUUGCCGAUCGAGGAGAAGGACGCCAUCCUGGAACGGUUGAGUGGAUAUUGCGCGCCAGUGGAUUGGAGGACACUAAUCAAGAAAGUGCCAACGAUGGCAAAUAACAUCCCAGCCCUUCUUAUGCAGGCUCUGCUGGCCAAGGAUAUCUUUGGAUCCAUCUUCGCCAACCCCUUCUUUGCCUUCGGAGAGUCUAAAGAACCCUCAACGGCGCACUCGGCCCAAACAUUAUCUUAUUUAUACGCAUCCAUGCUAGAUGUCAACAAGGAAGAAGCCCACAUCUGGCGUUCGCAAACUCUCCGGCUUCUGGCCACACCUCCCCCGAACUCUGUGCACAAUGCACUAUUGCGUGCGAAGGUGGAAGCUAUUACUAGUGAGCUGGCGGUUGAAUUCCUCGCUGGUCCUGUUCAGUUACUCUUCCGAGACCGAAGUGAUUCGUGGGCGAUCCAGCGUAACCAGGAACUCUAUCAGCUUUACCACACGGCUGGCGAAUUGGCCAUCUCCCUGUGGACGCAACGAUCCUUCAUGAGGUGUUACUGUCUGGAUGAGCUCCCUGUCUUUCGGGCAGAGCACCCGGUAAUGAGUGCCCACGCCCUUCAUCGUCAACACGGGAACGAUGCAAAAUUAGAUGGCAAGCAUGCUUUGAUUAUCGUGCAUCCGGCUAUUGUUGCCUUCGGGAAUGAAUAUGCUGAGCAUUAUGAUCUAUGUAAGGUUUGGGCUAAGGGUAUUAUCCUGGUGGAUGAACACGUGUGACGCGAAGGUUAUGAUGGAUAUCGACGCUAUCUGACGAGUAUAUUUACAGUGUAACAUAGUUAAUAUUAAUACAUACCCCAAUACAAUUGGCCACCUUGGGCUUUAUAUACCCACAGAGCUCGAUCUCGGACUUGUCGCCGUGAUGGUAACACGGGCUCACAUAGAGCUAAUAUGGUUCUUCUACGCGGCAAGCAACACGCCUGCGGUGAGCCUUACUCAAUCUUUACUACCGGGUCAGGAUGCAAAAUUGCUGCUUGAAGCUGUGGUGAUGCUCGAAACAUCCUUAUACAAAGAUACCCUCACACAAAGGGGGACAAUAUACAACGAAGGUUGCUUCAACAUGUUUCUAAUAUAUGCUGAUAGCUGCGAAGGGUAUGAACAAAGCCGCCCACUGAACCUCAUUCACCAUAUGUGCUCAAGGAUAGGCCAAUCGCAAUGAUUCCAUCACAGCAGCUGCUCAGAAGUACUUGUUCACUCUCCAACAAAACACAACACCCACCUCGGAUCAACAUUCUGAGGGAAUUCUAUCUCAUCUUCAUGGAUUCCUUACUAAGAUUUGCGUUAUAACCCUU